AUGUCUGGAGGCUGGAACCCCGUCACGGGCCGCGACAACCACGGCGGGCGCCCCAACUUUGCACCGCAGGGUGGCGGUCCGAUGCCCAGCCAGGGCCAGGCCUACAUCCCGCACGCCGGCGGUCCAGGCUACAACUUCGCAGCAGCCCCUCCCGUCGGCGCCUUUUACCCGCAGCCGCACCAGCAGCCGAUGCCCUCGGCGGGCUUCUACGCGCCGCCGCAGACCUUUUCCCACCAGCCCAACGGCGCGGGCAACGCGCUCCCGCGGCAGCCGCAGCCGUACCCGGCCAUCGACCCGACCAUGCCGGCGGCGCAGAUGACCAACAGCUCCGGCGGCGUGGGCUGCGAGCCCGGCUACAACUACUUCUUCCCCGCCGAGCACACAAAGGCCCACGUCUUCCGGUCGAGCACGCCGCCGUGGCAGCUGCCGCCCACGGCGCAGAUCCCGUUCAAGGCGACGCACAUUCCCUGCACGACGACCAUGGCGGAGCUGCUCAGGGGCUUUGGCUGCACCAACCCCAUCGCCAAGAAGAACAAGUGCUUCGAGAUCAUCGGCGGCGGCAGCGGCAAGUGGUACAAGGGCCUGGCGAUUAGCGGUGACGACAAGGACAUGAUGAAGAAGACGAUCAAGGAGGUCGGCUGGGACAUGACCAGGACGGGCAACGCGCACGAGAAGCCGAUUGUGUGCCUGUGGUUCUGCAAGGAUUAG